AUGUUACCCACAAAGGAAGUCAGCCCCGCCAAGCGGGACAACGCACCCAACACGAUGGCGAAGGGGCUGGCCUCGCUCCACUGUGUUGCCCGCCGGGUUUCCAAGACCCCGGAGGGGAGGUGCUCCUUCCACAAGUCAAAGCUGAAAGAAGUCCUGGAUGGCGACACCCCUCCCAGCUACAAUGGCUUUACGUCCCAAGUGGAUAAUUUGCGAAGGGCGUUCCUCAAGCGCCCAGGCUGCCCUCGCUUCAGUACCAGGGCCACGUCCAUGUCUCAGUAUGGGCUGAGCGUGGUGGCGGCUCUGCCCAGGGAGCUGGACGUCAGCACAGAGAUGACGGAGGACUUCUCAAGCCAUCAGGGCUCAGACACACACGUGGAAGAGAGCCUCCUGUCCUUCAGCAAAAGUGCCUGUGAGUUCAAUUACCUGCGGAAGAGGAGCAAGUCCCAGACAACGAGCGCAGUGGUCAGCAGCCCAGCCACCGUGCAGAGCCCGCCAAGGAAGAAGAUGCCCUGGUACAUCUCAGUGAUCCACGAGAAGGACAACUGCCUGUUCAUGCUGAGCGAGGAGGUCCAGCGCCUGUCAGAACUGGAGGUGCAGAGUCGGAGGAAGGACGAGGAGCUCCUGAUCCUGCGGGAAGAGAGGGAGACUCUGAGGAGGCAGCUCAAAUACCUGUUCAAAGGCAAAGUCUGGGAGACUCCCGUGUCACCAGGCCUGCAGGAUAGUGGGUCCCCCUGCCAAGACCGGCCUGGGCAGUACAUGACCCUGGAGGACCUGCAGGAGCAGUUUGAAGCCCUGAAGGUCCGCAUGGGGGCCCUGCAGGAUCGGUUCUCCAACCUCCGAGAGAGCAAGAAACAUGAAGAAAUGAUGGGGCGCAUCGAGAAGGACAACCUUCUCCUCCGACAGCACGUGAUGGAUCUGGAGAAGGAGCUCACAGAGCGAGACCACAUCAUCUCGGAGUACAGCACAAAGGUGCAGGAGCUUCAGUCCCAGGUGGACCAGGACCAGAGCCACAUAAAGAAACAGAAGGAGCUGCAGGAUAAACUGCAGAGCAUGAGGGACCAGAGCCGGCAAGCCGAACAGCAGUCCCGCGUGUCCCUGGAGAACUCCCAGGCCAGGCUUGAAAGACUACGAAAUAGAAUCAUCCAGGCCACCUUCAGCUAUUCAGGGGUCAAGUCCUUGGUCACCGAGAUCUCUGACAAUGACAUCCUAGAGGCUCUGCAAAAGGUCAUCACAGAGAGAAAUGACUUCUAUAACCAGCUGAAGCAGAAAGGUGUGAAAAUCCCAACCUUGAGCCAAAUGGAAGGCCCCUACUCCUCGUCCAGCAAGUCCAAGAGGAUGGCCCUCAACAUGCAGGCCCAGGUCAGCAGCAUCCAGUAUAUCCAGUGGAAGGACAGUGGCCAGAUUGAAGUCAAAGCAGUGGCUGAGCCUGACAUUCAGGACUCACGCCGUAAGAGGUGA